AUGACGAAUUUUGAUAUCAAUCUUACAUCAGAACAGCUUCUAAAAUUCCGCUGCGAGGCCUCCGAUCCUGCGUCUCUACAUCUCCUAUCCAGCUUCCUUGCCUCGCAUCCUGGUCCCUGGCCAGCUCGGGACCUGAUCCUCACAUUCCAGGAGAUCUAUAAAUCUGCCCCACAAUCACUAAAGACAGAGAACCACGAGUCCCUUACCCGUCUUCAGGCUCAAGUGAAAGCUGUAAUUCCCAGGAUUGAAGAUUUAGUCGGAACAGACUCUCGAGCUGGGCUCAUCGAUGUCCUUACCGGACGCCAUUUGACGCAUUGUGCGAUCCGGGAAUUCGUGCAAUCCUUCCAUAUCCCUGUCAACCUUAUGUGCCAUGGCCGGAAGCCUCGUAUCGUUGUCAUUUUACCCAAUGGGCCCCUUAUGGCCAUCGCAGUUCUUGCCUUUGCCAAUCGCUACACCAUUGUACCCAUGUCAUCGAACACUGUCCCAGAGCAAUUGCGUCUAGAUAUUGAGCAGGUUGAGGCGGACGCAGUGGUGGCGCUGGAAAAUGAUAUUGAAAAGCUUCAAUUAGAUCCUUGUCAUCGGCCAGUUCUUGGUCUCAAGUCGCUGGAUGAUCUCACGUUCCAAUUUGUUUCUAUGCCAUCAAAUUCUGGGGCAGACCAUCCGCCCAAUUCGGGUGAUGAUAUUGCGAUUAUCCUGUUCACCAGCGGAACUAGUGGGAACAAGAAGCUGGUGCCCAUUACGACAUACAACUUGAUAGCGGGGACCAUGGCCACAAUAGAGUCAGUGGAAUUAUCUGAGGCUGAUACCUGCCUAAAUAUGAUGCCUCUAAACCAUGUUGGUGGGAUAAUUCGCAGUAUAUUCUCGCCUCUGCUUGCCGGUGGCGCCACCAUUUGUUGUCCGUCUUUCGACCCCAGCAUGUUCUGGGACGCCGUCCAGAGUCCCACCAUGACACCCACCUGGUAUUAUGCUACCCCAACUAUGCACCAGAUGAUCCUAGCAGAGGCCGAACAACGACCAGAUGCCGUUCGACAAAGCGCCAUCCAGUUCAUCUGUAAUGCGGGUGCCGGUCUGCCUCCCACUCUGGCGAUGCAGCUCCGGGAUACGUUCCAUUGUGCCAUUCUCCCCAGUUACGGCAUGACGGAAUGCAUGCCAAUUGCCGCUCCACCAAAGCACUAUGCCCUGGACCGACAUGGCACGUCUGGCCGGAUCGUGGGGCCCGAGGUUGCCAUUCUGACAGAUCAAGGCACGCCAGUGGCGAGAUGUGAGAUGCUCGGCCACAUCUGCGUUCGAGGGUCGCCAGCGUUCGAGGGAUACUUGACUCCCGAUGGCCAACUGGACACCAGCGCUUUUGAUGCAGACGGAUGGUUCGAUACGGGCGAUUUGGGGUACCUUGAUGUGGACAACUACCUGUAUAUCACAGGCCGCAGCAAGGAAGUUAUCAACCGCGGCGGCGAAAUCAUCUCUCCUGUUGAAGUGGAAGAUGCCGUGCUGGCAUCGGCCCGGCAUCCCGAGUCACCGUUGUACGGGCGUGUUAUGGAGACAUUGGCAUUCUCCGUGCCUGAUGAAAUCCUCCAGGAGGUCGUUGGUGCAGUGAUUGUCACUCCCCCUGGAGUCGCGCGGCCGGAUUUGCGCCAGUUGCACGAAGCCCUACAGCCCCUCAUCCACCAGCCCAAGUGGCCGGCAUUGGUAGUGUACAUGGACCGCGUUCCCAAGGCCAAUAACAAGAUCCAGCGUAUCAAAUUCGCUCAGCGUUUGGGAAUUGAUCCUCUCACACCGGCCACAGUGUUGGCUGAGCGACAUUACGAAGCCAUCUGCCCGCCUAUGGGGACGGCCCUCAGUGCCUCCAUCGCGCAGACGGCCUGUGUAAUCGACCAUCCUCGCAUUCAGUCGGCUGUAGCCGAUUUUGUCAAUGCCAAACUGUCCUCAGUCCAUGUCCAACAAAACACCCGCGAUGGAUUUGCGGAUGUCAUCUUAUUCGAUCAGAAUGUAGCCGACGCGCAGCAACCAACCGCCGCAGUCAAUCUCCAAGAGCGCCUCGAUGGAUAUCUCAUCCCAAGCAGGAUAAUUUCUCUGCCAGGUCCAAUGCCAAUGGACCUCUUUGGAAACCCUGACCAAGACGCAAUUGACUCGGCAGUCCGCGCCCGCAAUGCACCUGGCGACCUAUCCUCCAUCCAAGGCCGGGUCCGGGAAAUCUUUGCGGUCGCCUUGUCUAUGGCCUCGGAGGAUGUCUCGGUGGACACCGACUUUUUCGUCGCCGGUGGCGAUAGUCUCACAGCAGGUCGGCUGGUAUCGCAGCUCCGGCGCGAAUUCGGCGUCUUCCUCGCCGGCGAUAUUCUGUUUCACCAGAGCACCGUGGGAGAGAUUGAGACUACCAUCACCGAGGCGGUGGCGAUCAAAGCGAGCCAGAGUGAGGAUGAGGACCAGGACUUACCGGGAUGCGAGCGGACAUACAGCAGUACGCAUCCGCUGCUCCUCGUCCUGCAUCUGUUGCCCGUCACCUUUUUCUUCCCUAUGAAGCGCGCUUUCCAGUGGCUUCUGUUCUCAUAUGUUGUGGCCGAAUGCUCCACGAGGUUUCCUAUCCGUGAAAUUCUCAUCGGCCGAUUGAUUCUAAUCGUCCUUGCGGUACUGUCAGCGCGCGUUGGAGGUCACAUCGUAUUCCCCUUUUGCGGUAUCGCCUUUAAGUGGCUUGUCAUUGGACGCUACAAAGAGGGUCUAUUCCCCAUGUGGGGACCCUAUCAUACCCGCUGGUGGCUGACGCAGAAAGCAUUGCAAGUCUGCGGCAAGGGCAUGUUUAAUCACUUCAACUGGUCUCGCGUGCUCUUCUACCGGCUGCUUGGCGCUCGGAUCGGCGCUAAUGUGACGCUGUCCCCCUCCGCCAAACUGGGCGAGUAUGACCUGAUCGAGAUUGAGGAUGAUGUCGUUUUGGAUAUCGGCGUCCAGUGCCGCCCCUUUGGCGUAGAACGCAACACGUCUAUGCUCCUGAAGCGCAUUCAUAUUGGCCGCGGCGCAUCAGUCGGUAUCAAAUCAAUUGUUGCGCCGGGCGCCGAUGUACCCGAGAAGACCUGUAUCGGCCCUAAUUCAUCAAGCUGGGAGCUCUCGGACGCCGAUUCCGCGAAUCGUGAUUUGCUAACAUCGCGGAUUCCACAGCCGCACUGGCUGUGGAGUCUAUUGAUUGUAGAGCCCAUCCGAAUUCUGGUCUGGGUGGCCGCUCGUCUCACCUGGAUGGGUGGUCUGGUCCCGAUGGUGCGCCAGUUUCCGGUUCCCCAACAUGAUAUGUUCCUGGCGACCCUCGAAUGGUAUACCAGUGGCCGGCGGAUCGGCCUGCAUAUCACCGCGCGUAUCUGUCGGGCGAUUGGAGGCCCCAUUGUGCUCUUCCUUUCCAUCUGGAUCGCCAAAUUCUUGCUGGACCUCAUCUGCGGCCGGCCCCAGCCCGGUCCCGCCUCCAAGCAAAACACACGCCAGAAGGUGCGAAGUGCCGUGCUUGCCCAGAUCCUCCCUGCCGGUGAUCUCCAUGAGCUGACUCGGCUGGUCGGCCGGCACUAUGAGCUAGUCUCGAUGGCUAUCCGGGCACUGGGAGGCAAGGUCGGCAAGCGCGUCUACUGGCCCAGCGUGGGCCCAGCUGUGCCCGACUUUGAUCUCCUCGAGGUGGGCAAUGAUGUGGUUUUCGGGUCCCGGUCGAGUAUUGUGACUGCUGAUGGCUAUGGGCGUGAUCGUGUUGUGAUCGGAGAUGGCACGAUGGUCGGAGAUCGAGUUGUCGCCUUGCCCGGUGUAACGAUCGGUCGUGAAGCUAUGAUCGGUUCGGGGGCCUUGCUACGCCGGAACGGAGACUAUCCAGCUCACACCGUGUGGACGGGCAGCAAACGGGGGGAUGCCGUGCAGUUUCCAACUACCACCUCGGGGCCUAUCUCGGCCGCUCCCACUGUCGUGGGAAGUAGCGGGAGUAGUACCAAUGUCGACAGUGACGAUGAGAAGCCUUCGGGCACGAGGGCCAUGCACAUAAAGCCUGGAGCCCUUGACCAAAAGCCCGAGGCCGUGUCUGAAACCAAGAAGGAUACAUGCAAGCCGUUCGGCCGGGCCUUCUACCGCCACGAAGCCAACUACUACGUCCUUCGGAUCUGGCAAAUUGUCAUUUAUUCGGUCAUCUCCGUGGUUUUCACAACCGUCUAUUGGCUUCUCACCGUGGUAUUCGCACUCCUCGCUCUUCGGGCUGCCUUGACUAACAGCGAAGCCGCCAGCUUCCAGCCAGGCCCCUGGCGCCCAUUUGUUCUGUAUGGUCUUCUCGCCUCCAUCCUGUCGGGCAUCAGCUGCGUUCAGACAUUUAUUGCUCUCGGCGUCGUGAUUGGCGUGAAGUGGAUGGUCAUGGGCCGUCGGACAGAGGGUGCAUUUCACUGGGAUAAGAGCAGCUACAACCAGCGAUGGCAGUUCCUCCUAUCUUGCGAAACGAUCAUCAAAGAUUGUUAUGGAGGUACUGGCGUAUUGCCCAUGAUCACCGGAUCCGCCUACCUUGCCUGGUAUUAUCGCUUCUUGGGCGCAAAAAUCGGUAAAGACUGUGCAAUUCAUGCCAAUGGAACCCCUAAUAUCUUUUUUACGGAGCCGGACCUCCUCAGUCUGGGAGAUCGAGUGGCUGUCGACGAUGCUAGUUUGGUCUGUCACCUCAAUUCGCGAGGCGAAUUCGAAUUACAUACUUUGAAGGUUGGAAACCGAAGUAUCAUGCGUGCGGGUUCACGCUUGAUGUCGGGUGCUUCGAUGGGCCAGGAUGCUUGUAUUUUGGAGCAUACAUUGGUUCUUUCGGGGGAUCAUGUGGAGGAUGGAGUGACGCUUCAGGGAUGGCCUGCGGAGGGGUUCCAAAACAGACGUGUUUAA